AUGGGUGUACUUUUUCUUGUUGCAAUUGGCUAUGUAUUGUACAAAGUGAUCAAGAAAACAAAAGAAAGGAGGCGUAGAAAGAAAUUCUUUAAACGCAAUGGUGGUUUACUUCUAAAACAACAAGAAGAAGCUGACCCGUCAUUAGUUGAUAAAACCAUACAUUUCACAUCACGAGACCUUGAGAAGGCCACUGACAACUUCAAUGAAAAUAGGAUUCUUGGGAGAGGAGGUCAUGGUACAGUCUAUAAAGGUAUGUUGGUGGAUGGAAGGAUUGUGGCCGUCAAGAAAUCAAAAAUAGUUGAUGAAAGCCAAUUAGAGCAGUUCAUCAAUGAAGUGGUUGUUCUUUCUCAAAUCAAUCAUAGGAAUGUGGUCAAACUUUUAGGAUGUUGCCUCGAGACAGCCGUCCCUCUCCUAGUUUCCGAGUACAUUCCAAAUGGCACCUUGUAUGAUCGGCUUCACAAUGAAGCUGCUCACGAGUUCUCAAUUUCUUUGGACAUGAGAUUACAAAUAGCUACAGAGGUUGCAGGAGCACUUGCUUACUUGCAUUCAUCAACUUCCAUUCCAAUAUAUCAUAGAGACAUCAAAUCCAGCAAUAUACUUUUGGAUGACAAAUGCAGGGCCAAAAUUUCUGACUUUGGAAGUUCAAGGUUCGUCUCAAUAGAUCAAACUCAUUUGACUACCUUAGUCAAAGGUACGUUUGGCUACCUUGAUCCUGAGUAUUUCCAAUCUAGCCAAUUCACUGAAAAGAGUGAUGUGUAUAGCUUUGGAGUUGUCUUAGUUGAACUUUUAACUGGAGAAAAGCCAAUUUCUCUAACUAGGUUUGGUGAAAACAAAAAUUUAGCUACACACUUUAUGUUAGCUAUGGAAGAAGGGCGUGCUAUGUCAAUUUUCGAUGCAGUGGUAAUUAAAGAGGGUACUAAGGAUGAGCUUCUGAUUGUGGCUAACCUAGCAAUGCGAUGCUUAAAUAUGAACGGAAAAUAUAGGCCAACAAUGAAAGAAGUUGCUAUAGAGUUAGAAACGAUACGUAGGUCGCAUGUUCGCUCUACCAUUCAAACAAAUAUCACUCCCGUGGUGUAUGGGGAGGAACUAUCGAUACUAGCUUAUGGCAAAUCAUCAUCAUCCCUCUUGAGUUUCAAUGAUAGUAUUGAUCCAUGA